CAAUUUCAUCACCCGAUUUGUGAUUACAUUAAUUUUGAAAAGAAAUUAUUUCUUCAAGUGCUUGCCACUUAUGACAUGAAUAAAGCUAUAUAUAUAUGAUGGAAGUGAUAGAAUUUAUUACUUGUUUUGGAGUAAAGGACAGAGGCAUUCAAAACAAGAAGAAGCUUGAAGUUGAUCUAAAAUGGGUCUUUUUCUGCUGGCGAUAUCCAUGUCGUUACUUUUCGUCGUAAAUUCAAUGAUGUCUCCUUCACUUCCAACUACAGUGGCCACUCUACCCUCUUCGGAUGAUAAACUUGUUGUAGAAAACAUGACCUCAUGGAUCACUAAUGACACAGUUAAGAUAUAUGUAUACGCCCACCUUCUUUUUUGUCCCAAUCAAGACAUGUGCUUUGGAGAAGAGUACCAAAGAAAUGUCUCAUUUUCAAAAACAAAAGUUCGAAGUUGUUCGGUUUGUGGCUGCAAUGAUAAUUGCCACAGGAAGAAGAACUGUUGUCCUUGGCGCAAUUACAAACAAAAUAUUUCUACCAGCACACAAUUCAUAACGUAUGUCGACCAUAGCUAUUCAUCACAUUCUCGAUACGAUACCGUGGCCCUAGAUUGCAUUUCUCCUUCUAUUAAUUUGCUUUACAAACAAAAAUACUUUAUGGUUUCGGAUUGCCCGUCUACGUUUGUUGAUGAAGUCACUUUACAAAAAUGCCAAAAGCUGGAAAAUGAAACAGAUCUGAAACUAUUCCAACCCGUGACAUCUAUAAAGACCAACGAAACUUUUCGAAACUUGUACUGUGCGAUUUGCAAUGGUGAAGAUUCAGACAUGUUGUUGUCGUGGGAAACACGACUUAGCUGCAGUUAUCAGGAUGACCUUAUGAAAGCUUCCUCUACAGAAACCCUCAAAACAAAGUUGUUCAGCCACACUAGUAAAUGUGGAGUCGAGUUUAUUCCCCCUUUGUUGGUUGCUAACGGUAUCGGGAACAGGUGCUACACUAAUGACCAGUAUGUUGAUCGUUGUAACAUCACAGGUUUAUGGCUGACCUAUGACAGUCAAAUUGAGAGAGGAUGCAGCCUCGAUUUCGUCGACAGAUAUAUGCAUUGUACAAAUAAGCACAUUGCUAGGAGGCAAGAAUAUAAAAACUUAUUUUGUGCCAUGUGCAACGUUGGAAAUUGGACAUCUGAUUUGCCUACAGAAUGUAUUGAGAAAUAUUAUUUAGAUCAAGACCACAUGGAUUCGUUUUCAGCUAUGAUAGAUUUGAGCAAAUUCGAAGAAAAUGUUCGUGAUCAACACCUACAAUGUCCUCUCUAUGAUCCACUACUUAAAACAUGUCACCGUCCAUUUUGUGAUGCAGGUCUUAGAUACGAAAAUUUCGACUGUGUUCCGGCUCACAUACAGAUUUCAAAGCAAAAAUACGAAAUGAACAUUCGUUUCACGACAAAAUCAAGAAGAAUAGAGCCAAUCACAGACUCUUUGUUUAAAAUCAUAAGAUAUAUUUAUUCAAAUAACAGUUUUGACAACCUGAUAUGUAAAGCACGUUUAUUCGUUGAAUCAGACGCCGCUGAAACAUUUAAGUCUGACUAUUCAUUUAUGUUUUAUGUAGAAAUGUUUUAUCAUCAUUUCCAUAACUACAAAGAAAGCCUCAAUUAUUUAUUAGAGUUUUUUAAAUUUGAUGAUGUAAUUAGAAAUACUUUAAAUGUUGAACUUCUCAGUCAGUCCUUUAAAUCUCGAUAUCAUGAGCAUACUUCUUUUUCUACGUUUUAUCGAAACCCAGUUUCUGGAAAGGAUUUAUAUGAGUUUACGAGAAGAAAAGCUCCACAACGGACUGACAAAUGUGACCUCAAUUACGACACAAUCACAACAAUUGUUGCUCCGUUCACGAUCUGUCCAAAAAUACUGAUAGACAAAAGGCAAACAACGGUGGUUGUUUCGGGGUCCGUUCUUUGCUUUGUUGAUUUGGACUUUUGCAUGGGAUCGUCGUUUUUCAAGGAAUCACGUGACAAAAGUAAAGUAGGGGUUUGCGUCGAUCAAUAUUUUGAAAAACUUGAGUUGGCUUUGUUGAAACAAAAAAAUUCUAUGGAAAAGAUAACGACACUUGUUUGCUUGUCUUUUUCUUCCGUCGGAUGUAUUGGAACGAUGGUCGCUUACUUCAUCUUCGAUAUUGGUAAACACGUUCACUCAAUGAAUAUCAAAGCUUUGUGUUUAACUUUGAUUUUUGCUAACACUGUAUUUUCCGUUUCCGGAUUAUCCUCGUCCAACCCAAUAUUUUGUCAGAUAGUAGGCGUUCUCAAUCACUUCCUGUGGCUAUCAGUAGUUAUGUGGAUGCUUACCUCUUCUUUUACAUGUUUCCAGACCUUUACAUACACCCAAUAUCAAAGCAAAGGUAGUAUUAGGAAAAGAUUUUUUAUAAAUGUGGUGUACAGUUUUGCUUUUCCGACGUGCAUGGUUCUGACAAAUAUGUUAGUCAGCAAACUUUUGUUCCAAGAUUCUAGUUACGGGUAUUCAUCAUUCAACUGCUUUAUCUCUCUCAAAGAUAUGCUACUCUAUACAUUUAUCGUUCCAAUCGCAUGCAUGGUCAUUCUCAAUUUCUUUAUGUUUCUCUUAUCAUUUAGAGAAAUAAGCAGGAAGGAUGACACGCAUGUUGAGCUUAAAACAAAACAGGACAGAAAUAUGUUCGUUAUAUUUUUCCGGUUGAUUGCCAUCAGUGGAACUACCUGGUUCUUUGGAUUUCUAAACAUCAUGUUUCCGAACCCCUUAUUUUCCUACCUACACAUCAUUCUGGCCAGCUCUCAGGGUAUCUUUCUCUUUUUUGCAUUUGGAAUUCAGUUGAUUGCCAGAAACAUUAAUCCACAAAAGAGACAUUCUCUCAAAUAGUAGAACACAAUCUUUCAGUUCAUCCGAACCAGAGACUCUAUGGAGUUUUUCGCAUCCUAAUUUUUCUUUCCUAUUUCUGUCAUCGUUAAUGGCGCCGUCAUCAUUGUUUUCGUAUUAACAGUUUGCAUAUUUUUUUUUACUAAUUUUAAACACCAUUUAUGUAGCCUCAACAAAUCAACAUUUUGCAUUAUUUUUUACUUAUGUAGAACAACAUUAUUGUAGCCAAUCUCAACAAAACAUGGCACCAAACUAGCCACAGUUUAAAAAUUAAAAAAAAAAGUUUGAGGACAGAAAGCACAGCCUUUAUUAGCCUUUUCCCUUCAUGAAGAUCAAAAAGAACAAAUUGAAUUGAUGAAUAAUACAACUCAGACUAUACAAAAAAUACAAAUAUUGAUGAAGAAAAAGAUAAAUAAAAAAUUCAUGAUUGCGUUUUAAUAAGAAAAGUAAAACAGCAAACCACAAUUUACGUUUUAUAAACGGCAAAGCUGUUUAUAAAAUAUUGAAAUAUAUCAUUCCUUUGAUUUUCUGCCAUAAAUUUAGAUGAAAACGGUCAUUUGACCUUUAAAAAUGAUAUUUUACCGUACCAAAUUUAAACGUAAUGUCGGAUGGAUUGAUACGUUUUUGACGUUAUACCUUAUGCGUCGAAGCAACAUCUUUCAUACGAAAUAAACAAUUUUUUUCAGCCAAUCAAUGGCGUGUUGCAAGUAAAUCCAAAUUAUUUAUCAUGCAAGAAGUAUCGUUCUGUGAAUUUCAUUGUUUGUUUUUAGAAAUGUUUUUCGAUGUUAUGUCGUCAUAUCCAAAUUUGGCGGAAUAAUAAAAUGUCCAAUAAAUAUAGAAUUUUCGGCGUCGGUAAAACAAAAUCAUGUAAUCAAUGAGACAUGAUUACCAUUUUUCGCAUUAUUCGUCGCAUGUCAUUUAUGAUGAUGUCGUUUGAAUUGUUACAACUAAAAUGUGCAAGCUUGUUACUAAUAUUUCUUUGUUUUUAAAGCUGUGAGUUUAUCUUUUAAUCGUUUCAAAAUGCAUGUACUCAAACCAUAUUUUUUUUUAAGGGAAAAUGAAAAAGCAAUGUAUGAUCAGUAUAUUGUAUUCAAAUUAUCUAAUGUAUUUUGUGAAGCAAUUAUAAAGAAUAGUGUAAUUAGAUUCAUUUUAAGGUACGUUUUGUAAAAAUGAUUAGGUGAUUGUUUUCUUACAAAGUUUAAAAAUGCGCACCCUUUUCUGUCGUCUUUCAUAGAAAUUGAUUACCAUUUGUGUUUCAUCAGAAUAUGCUAUUUUGCUUAAAUGAACAAAACAAGCGUUAAACACGGAAUGCAUUAAAAUAAUUGAGGUUACAAAAUACGACUCUGCCAUUUAGUAUGGUGAAGGGUGACUGAAAGGUAGUUAAGUACUGACGGAAUGGCAUACUUAGUAGCUUUGUCGUUCAGUCACAUUUCGAGACCAUUUAGUCAACACUCAGCUGACUAAAUUUGUAAAGGUUGUUUGGGACACUUCGUGACGUAUUGUUUAUCGAAAAAAACCCACCAAGAAAAUCAAUAUAUGAAUUAAUAUGAAUUACAUUUGUAAUAACAUUUGGCUGUGUAUUCUGAUUAGCUCCAUUGGGAGAAAACGAAAUUAUGCCAAAUCAAGUGCAUCACAUAAUGGAAUG